AUGACCGUGGCCGAUCUUCCCCAGAAAGACUCUCCCCUUCUUCCUGUGGUCACAGAGGACCCGACGGUAAUCGACAUAGAUUUCAUCGUCUCUUGUGAACAUCACACUCACAAAUUCUCCUCAUCUCAACGUCCGACAGAGCAAGCAACGGACAGAAUGAAGCCUCACGACAAGCAGCAGGAAGACCAAAGUCAAAUCCACUCGAUCCUAUACGAUUUCCAUACAAUAUGGCUCGUCACACGCAACGAUCUCAAGUCAAUCGUGAUUCCGGAGACAGCGUUUGGCGUCUGCAGCGCUCUUUCCGGACCGAUUAUCACCUCAAACGACUCACCAGACGCUACCAGUGUCCUCAAACGGGUACCGCUCGUAGUCCUUUGGACCUGGAUCAACGUACUCAUCUUCGAUUUGGCGAACCAGCGUCUGCCAAACUCCAUCAUUGAAGACUCUAUCAACAAAGCAUGGCGUCCAAUCCCGUCCGGAAGACUAUCUGCAUGCCAAGCUAGACGUCUGCUCCUCGCCGUCCUUCCUAUCGCCACCAUCAUUACCUUCUAUACAGGUGGCAUGGAGGAAUUCAUCGUCAUGAACACGCUUGUAUACAUGUACAAUGAUCUUGGUGGCGCCGAUGAGAACUUUGUGGUCCGGAACCUUAUCAACGCAGCAGGCUUUAUCUGCUACAGCGCCGGAGCCACACGGGUAGCAUGCGGUCACGGCCAAUUCUCUUUGAAUGAAAAGGCCUACCAAUGGCUGGCCAUAAUUGGGGGAAUAGUCUUCAGCACCCUGCAGAUGCAGGAUAUGGCAGACCAAGAAGGAGACCGAGCAAGGAAUAGAGGGACCCUGCCCCUGGUGCUAGGUGACUGGACCGCACGAUGGACCAUUGCCGUGCCGGUCAUGUUCUGGUCAUUGGCUUGUCCGGCAUUCUGGGAGCUUGGCGUCUAUGGGUGUAUAAUGCCAGCGAUACUCGGCAGCGUGAUCGCACUCCGGACUCAAACUGUCACUCCUACCUCACUUGGCAAACCAACUCACAUCGAUACCGCAUCUCUCAACAUGCCUGCAUUGCCGGCCGACGUGGCGGCACCUCACGCUCCAGCACAAAACUGGAGCUUUCGAGUACCAUCACCACCUCGAAUCAUCGUUCCACCUCCUGCUUUGAACUCCUACGGCGUACCAGAUCUUCAUGUUGUUCAAGAUGCAUCCUAUGACUUUGAGUCAAGCGGCUUCAAAAAUGCAGAAUUCCUUCAAACGGUCACGUACGGCAACUUCAUGACCAUCAACAACAUGCUGGAUUGGAAGUACGAACAACGGAGGAUGGCUCAGCAGAUUUUACCAUUUCUCUAUCUCGGACCCAUGUCAGCGGCGAAAGAUCGGAGAUUCCUACAAAGAGAAGGCAUCUCCAUGGUCAUAGCAGUACGCAACACCAUGUCCGCCCAAGCACAGCUCCUCGGAUCAAAAGCGGCGCAAGAGCUUGGGAUUGAUACAAAGAUGAUCGACGUGGCUGGAAAUCAAGAGUUGAUUGCAGCCUUCCCAAGGGCAAUCGAAGCCAUCAAUUCACAUCUAUCGGCAAUGUACCAGCAAGAUCAGUUCAGACGCACACAAACAGCGGCUACCGGACAUGAUCACCUUCAAUCCACACCUGGGAGGGUCUUGGUAUUCUGCGAGAGUGGGAAUGAGCGCUCAGCCACACUUGUGACGGCAUACAUCAUGGCCAUGUACGCUACAGACUUGAUCAAAGCGAUCCAGAUCGUUCAGGCUCAACGAUUCGCUGUCGCGUUUGACGACUCACUGAGAAACCUCCUUUCGACAUACGAGAUCAUCCUGAAGGCAAAACGGGAUGUCGUGCAGGCGGACAAUCGAUUGCUCGGUGUGCCUGGAGGGGUUAGAGAUCCAGGCACCAGCGUAGGAAGUGAUACUGGGGCCAGAAAAGGGUCGAAGAGAACGUUUGAUGAUACUCACGAUGAUGAUAUGGAGAUGGAUGGGGGAAAUGUACACCUGGACUAUGGCAGGUUUGAGAUGAGGGAUGGCUCUGCUCCAUUCCAGGACAGACCAAUCUCCUGA